UAUCCUGUUCCGCAUCUGGCUAAUCUAGCAAAUAUGUUUUCAUGGAAGAUGGUAAUUCUGAGUGUGACUUUUAGGCUCUGUUCCCGAAAAGAAUUAUAAUCAGUAGCAUUUUUGUAAAUAAUGUAGACUGUGGUGUCUUUACAAAAACAAUGAUCAAUUAAACCCUUAGUCAAAACCUUCUUGUUGGAACCAGAUGCUGCCCUGACUGAGCUAAUUAACACUUGGGUUUAAAUCACCAAGUUUUUCAUUGUUACUUUUCUGAGUUCUUAGUCAUUCGCAUGGUAAAGCCUUUGUUCUUAACAUAGCCUGGAUUAGAUUAUUUUGUAAAGAGUCUUCAAGUUAAAAAUUAGUAUUUUUCAGAUCCGCCAAAAAAUAAUGGAUUAUUUUACUAAGCAAUCUUGGAAAACAGCUCAACAACAUCUGAACACAAUGAACCAUCAGAUUCAGGAGUAUAGGAUCAAAAAACUUGAUAAGUUCCAAUUCAUCAUCAUAGAGGAGCUGGAGAAUUUUGAAAAAGAUUCACAGUCUUUAAAAGAUUUGGAGAAGGAGUUUGUGGAUUUUUGGGAGAAGACAUUUCAGAAGUUCAGUGCCUAUCAAAAAAGUGAACAGCAGAGGCUUCACCUUUUGAAAGCGUCACUGGACAAAAAUGUCUUCUACAACACUGAUUAUGAAGACACUGUUUUUACAUCUGAGAUGUGUUCGAUGAAAGAAAACAUGAAAAUGCUGCAAGACAGGCUCCUGAAGGAAACGCAAGAAGAGGAGCUUCUUAAUGUACGCAGAGGACUGAUGUCAUUAUUCAUGGCUCAUGAAAGAAAUGUUCAUGUGUGAUGUCUAGUUGUUAUCAACAAGUUUUAUCCACUUAUUCCUUUUUGUGUAUAACAGGAAAUACCAGAGUAGCCCUACAAAGAGAAAAAUACACAUGUCACCCAGGGAAGAGUGCUUUUGUAGGAGCCUCCAAAUCCAAAGAAAUGUCGUCUUAUGGAUGAGAAAGAACUACUUUAACAUGACUCCAACCUCAAGAGACUUCUUUCUGUAGAAUAUUACUCUUCUUUUCAAACAGUAAUAGGCAUUUGCUCGUUUUUGUAGUAAUAUUUACAUUGCACAAAUCUUACCAAGUUAACUAUACUCAUAAAACUAGUUUAAUAAAGUUUAUCAUAUAAAAUAUAUUUUAAAUGAAUACAGACUAAAUAGAAGGUAUUACUAGUUCAGAAUAUACUACAUGUAAUAAAAAUUUAGCCAUGCUGAGAAAGGGGAGAAGGCUCGGAUUUAAGUCGGUACUUUGAGCACAUCGUGGGAGAGUGUGUUUAUUCAGUUAUGGCUCCAGUUACUUUAUUGUCCGAACAUCUCUUCACUCCUAAGCAGGCUGUUUUGACCAGUACUUUUUAAGCUCCUAAUAGUCAUUAUAAUAGUAU